UUUUAUCUAUGAAAUUAAUGAAAAAUCAUGCUACAUAUAGAUUAAAUUGUAGACGAUUAUUAGACUUUGAACUUACCCUUUUAAAAAUAUAUGUAUUUUAGUAAUUAAAUCUCUGCCGUAGUGUAUAAAACAUUUUGAAAGCUUAGACCAAAAUGUCAGCAAAACGUGGUGUUGAUUUUUUAAAAACUGUAGCUGAUUAUUGCGUUAAGAAUGGUGGUUUUGAUUCUGUGACAAAAGCUUUUCGUGUAACUGGUGGUGGUGAUGGCCGCUGUAUUGGAGAAUUUACUGUUUCAAAAGAACACGUAAAUGGUUUCGGAACUUUGCAUGGCGGAUGUGCAGCUGCAAUUAUUGAUAAUGUUACAACAUAUGCAUUAAUGUCAACCGAUGCACAUCCUGGAGUUUCAGUCGAUCUGCAUGUCAGUUAUUUAAAAAGUGCCAAAGAAGGAGAGAUUAUAAUUGUUGAUGCGAAUACAGUGAAAGUUGGUAAAAACAUGGCGUUUAUUGAUUGUGUUCUUAAAAAGAAAUCAGAUGGCUCCAUAGUUGUUAAGGGUGGUCAAACAAAAUAUAUUGAUUUUAGUGAGGAAUUCAUAAAAGAUAAAUAAUACGUUUUAUCUUAUAAUCUUACAAUUUAAAACAUAUAAAAAUAUACUCGAAUAUGUUUAUUGUUUUUAAACAUAUAAAAUAAAUUUUUAAAGAAAAAUAAUUUUUUUAAAUAAUCAUAUUAUUAAA